UUCAAUAAUAACAGAUAUAUUAUGAUAAAAGGUUAAAAAGAUAGUAACUUUUACUCUUUAAAUUAAAGGGCGAAUAUUUCUAACCAAACGCGCUAGACUAUCAUAAAAAGUAGUUAAGAGAGGAAUAGAAAUAGGAAUUCAAGGACUGAGAGCAAUCACAUGAGAUAGUAAAAUUCAAUAUAGCAAAUUUAAGAUUGGAAAAACCAUCCAAUAGGCCGUCUUUAUAUUGAAGGAAUGACAAGUAAUUUAGUAAAUCAUUAAAGUGCCAAUAAAGUAUUAGAUUUAAAUGGAAAUGCUGAUAACUAUACUUUAAAUGUUUAAAAGAUAGAAAAUGAUAUAAAUAGCAUGAUUAAGAGUGCGAAUAAUGAUUAUAUUGAUGGAUAAAACGAUGGAAAGUAAUUUAAUGAUUCUAACUAAAUAAAUACUAAUGAAUAGAGAAUACUAUAAUAGCAAUAAAAUGUUUAGAAUGUUUAAGGGAAUCCUAUGGUUUAUAAUAAAAAUGUUCUCUAAGGAGGAAUAUCAUAUAGGAUUAAAAAGAAAAAUGAUAACCAGAUUCGAGCAGUGACAAAUAGUAGUCUCGAUUAAAGAAACUUAAAUUAUACUUAGAAUAUGAUUUAGUAAUUAUAAAGUUCAUUAAUAUAAGACUAAAUUACUUAAAGGGAUAAUUCAUUACAAAAGAGCAGUAAUCCAGAUAUUAUUUAAAGCUAAAUAAUUAGUAGUCCUGAAAAAAUGCCAUAUCCUUACAGAAAAAGAGAAUACUCAGCAGAUAGUAGAAAUCAGUACUAAUAAUAAUUUAAUGAAGCAAAAAACUUCUUUUAAAAUUAACAAGCAGCUUAAUAGUUAAGCAAUUAUAAUGCUCUAAAUAAUAGCUUAAAUUAGUAAACUUAUCAUCCAAAUCUCUUAACUAUUGGAGCUUAGAAAAUUAACUAUCAGUAAAAUUAAUCAUAACUCCAUAACAAUGGAUCAACUAAAAGCUUUAACUAAUCACCUCCAGUCCAUGGUAUUAAAAAUUUAGAUAAAUCUUAUAUGUCAGCUUCUCCUGAGUGGUAAAAUUAACAGUAGUAAUACUAGCAGAAUUAGUAAGGAGCAAAUCCAUAUUAAAUUCCUUAAAAUAAAAUGCAAAAUAUUAUUAAAGAAAUGAGAUUUCCUUAGAGUCCUAUUAAUUCAAUACACAAUUAGCACAGUCGACUUUACGAUUACAACUAAGGUUAUAGCUAAAAUUUAAAUGGGUACACAACUUAAGAAGAUCGAAAUAAAAUACUUAAAAAAAUAUUAGCUCACUUUAAUGUUAAAGUGCAGUAAAUGGAAAGAAAAUAAUUCAUGAAUAUUUUUGGUUUGGAAAUUAAAUAGAUACCACCUUAAGAUAUUAGUAAAUCUCAUAGAUUGAAUGCUAAUCAAGCUUAUUACAAUAGUUUGAACACCAAAAGAUAGUAAAAAAUAAAUAAUCUUUCAGAAAUGAUAAAUAGCAAUUUAGCUGAGAAUAGGCAAAAUGUUAAUUUAAGAAAUAAUAAACAGAUGGCUGCAGGUUCUAAUAAGCUUAAUCAGACAAUGAAUAAUGGACAACAGGGUUUAGUUGAUAAAAGAUAAGCGUAUAGAAGCAAUAGCUCAGAUCAAUAGUUAAUUUUAAGUGGUAUUGCUGAAAUGAAUGAGUAAGCUAGCUCUCCUAUGGGAAAAGACAAAUUAUUUGGAUUUAAUGAAAACAAUAAUUAGCAAGAAAGAUAUGAUCAAAAUGGAAAUUUGAUAUAACAAUCUCUGACUCCAGGAAAUAAUCCAAACGAAUAACAAAAUGAUUACUAUGAACAAAAAAAUAGCUAACCUUCAAGCGAAUCUGAGUCUACCAAAGAAUCAAAUGGUUAAGUGAAUGGAUUAUCUAACAACAAUCAAAGUAACUUAUAAGGAUUAAAUUAAUAAGAUAGGGUAAAUACUCCUUCAGGAGGAGGUUAAAAUAGAAAAAGAAUUAACUAAUCCUUGAAUUCUCGUCCAAGUAAUUAGGCGAUGAUGAUGGUAAGAAGAUUACCAAAAAAUAAUGGAAAUAAAAACUUUUAAUUCUCUAUGAACGAUAACAAUCUUUAACGUGAAGAAAUAUUCUUUAAAAAGUUUAACACCUAUAAAGAUUUUAUAUUUAAAAUUAAUUUUGGCAGUCAUUACUUUGUUACAAUGCCACAAGAAAAUCCAAUUUAUAAAAUCUGUGUUGGGCGUGGAAAUAACAGUAAAUUGAUAAAAAAUUGCAUCAAAAAUAGAUGGUGGUGGCAAGUCUUAGAUUAUGAUUAGCACCUCGAGUGCAACUUCCUUUGGACCUAAUGUAAAGUAUAACCAUUCUUCGAUAAAUAGGAAAACUUAGAUCCUCCACACACUGAAGAGGAUAUCAAUAAAGAUGAUUACAUAUCUCCUGAAUUUCAAAUUAGUAGAGCAAAAGUUGUGUUUCAAGAAGUUGAUGGUAAAGAUUCUCCUGAUGAUAUGAAUUAAACAAGUAGAGUUUUCAACAAGCUACAAAGUUCCCCUGAUAAAAGAUUCAAUUAAAAGCAAAAUCAAAACAACAAUAGCAGUAAUUAAGGAAAUGGUAGUAAUACUGCUGCUUUUAAAGGAGGAGUAAAUGAUGCUAAGUAAAAUGGUAGCUCUAUUAAUAAGUAAGCCAACCCCUUCCCACAAUAUUCUGAUCACAACUUAAAAAUAUUCUCAUAGUAAGACUAUCAGAUGUAUUAUAAAUAUAUGAAUAGCUAGCCAGGCUAAAGAGAUUAUUAUAUUUAAAAUUGGGAUGAUUUAAGUUUUCGUCUUAAAAAUUUAAAAAGAACAAAUAUUGAUAAGCCCUAUAAAAUUCUUGAAAAUAGUUAAAAAUAAAUUACUCAUAAUCAUUUGUAAUUUAAUUACAUGUUAGGAAAUAAAAAGGCAUUAUUCUAUAACAUGAGACAAUAUUAUCAACUCAUGAAAGAUGAUGUUUUUAAUUAUCUCCCUUUAACUUACCAUUUAACUAGAGGAACAGAAGAUAAAGAAUUCAGAAAUUUCUUAAAGAAAUUUAAAGAGAUAGAGAACUCUAAUAAUGAUAAUGAUGAGUCUAAGAAGUCUUAGAAAAAGAUGAAAAAUGUCUGGAUUGUUAAGCCAGGAGAAAUCACUAAUAGAGGAAAUGGUAUACAAGUCUGUGAUAAUUUAAAUGAUAUAAAGCGUAUAUUAACAAGUAAAGAAAAGCAUAAUAAUGGAAAAGAUAAAACAUAUAUAGUCUAGAAAUAUAUUGAAAGACCUUUCCUCUAUAACAGAAGAAAGUUCGAUAUUAGAGCAUACAUGCUUAUUACUUGCAUUAAUGGAGUUCUCAGAGGUUAUUGGUAUUAAGAAGGUUACAUCAGAACUAGUGGAAGAGAAUUUGACCUUUCAGAUGUUUCUGACGUAUUCAUUCAUCUAACAAAUGAUGCUAUAUAAAAAGAUUGUGAAGAAUAUAAUAAGUUUGAACCAGGAAAUAAAUUAUCAUAUUUUGAAUUUUAGAGAUAUUUGGAUAUAUGGUAUUCUGAUUAAAAGUAUAACCUUUACUCUUAAAUUUUACCGAAAAUGAAAGCAAUAGCUACCGAUUCUAUCAGAGCUACUUUUCUAAAGUUAGACCCACAAAGAAAGCAGAAUAAUUUUGAAGUUUUUGGUUUAGAUUUUAUGAUUGACGAUAAAUUUAAACCCUAUUUGAUAGAAAUAAAUACUAACCCAGCUAUAGAAACAACAUGUCCAAUAUGCUUAAGAGUUAUACCUGGAAUGAUUGAAAAUGCUUUUAGAAUUGGUCUUGACCCUUUAUUCCCUCCUCCACAAAAUUGGCCAGGAUAAAAAAAGCAUUUAGCCCCAGAUUCAUUAACUGAGCAUAAUAGAUUUGAAAUUAUAUUUGAUGAAUAAUACGAUGGAAUAGAAUUAAAAAGACUCUAUAAAAACCAAGAAAAUUGUCUUGAAGGAAUGAAUGAUCUUGAUGAAGAUGAGGAAAUUGACGAUGAAAAGAGUAACAAGGAUAAGGAUGAAGAUAAAGAAAUUGAAUAUGACUGA